CGUGUGUAGGAGUUGUGGUUAGAUGGUGACGGCCCAAACACAGCUACGUGUGCUCGAGACGAUCUUGUACGAGUGUAUAUUUCUUUCUCCUGGCUCCCUGAUCUUUAGUGUCUAAUCUCGUUACGGACUACUUGUUCGCAACAUAACGCUUUUGUUCUUUUAUAAAGUGGCUUCAUUGCACUGUAAUGUUAGAAUUGUAAAUAUACAAACUCUGCUUUACGCAGUUAAUUUAGUUCAGUCGGAGGAUGGAAAGACAUUUUGAUAUGCUCUCUAUGCGGCUUCGCGAACCAUGUUGCUUAUGUUCGAGAGCUUUUAACAGAACAUUUCACUAACUAGAACAUGUUUGGAAGCCGCUGCUAACUUUGAAGUUGUAUAACGAAUUAAUAUAAUUUCACUUUGGCGAAUGUCGCUUUGAACAAUGAGGUUACCGUGUUUCAUUUGUUCGCUGUUAGGAAACUCAGUGUUUGGCAACUGAAUAUGGAAGAUUUUGUGCAGUGAUUUGAUGAUUUAUGGUGAAGUUUAUUAUACAGUAACGUUAAUGACAAUAGUAUAAUCAUACAACGAUCAAUUCCUUUCUGAAAUCUACUGAGCUGUACGAGCCGCGAUAGCAAAGAAGUCGAUUCGUAACAUUUCCGGUCCCUCUUUUAUCACGUGCGUUACAACAGACCUGCGUGCAGAACGUAAUUAGUGCGUGAAUCUGGCAGAAUUCACAUUCAUUUCUGCGUUGUUUUCGUGUAGUAAGUGUGUGUAUGCGUAUGUGGAAAGUGCGUGAGCUGCCAUGAAGCCUGCUGCGUGAUAAUGACGGUGGUUGCCAUGCCUACCAACAUAGCAACAACAACUACCGCGAUCACCGCCUCUGUUACUACAACAUGGACUCUGUUUAUGGUCACCUUGUACUACUUUGUCACCAUCUUACUUCUCCUCGAUGUGAGAUGUCACGCCCUUGAAUUGGUGAAUGGCGAGGCGCCUCUUGGGCUCGAAUCUGGGGCCAUUCCUGACUCGGACCUUGCGGCGAGUUCCGCUUACGACUUCGGCAUCGUGGGACCACAGCAUGGAAGGUUGCGUCACGACAAGAAUGGAGGCGCAUGGUGUCCGAAGCACAUGGUGACGCGAGAAGCACUCGAAUACCUGGAAGUUAACCUCCACACGAUGCACGUUGUGGUCGCCGUCCAGACCCAGGGAAGGUUUGGUAAUGGGCUGGGGCAAGAGUACGCGGAACUCUACAUGCUGGAGUACUGGCGCCCCAGUUUCAGCAGUAAUAUAUGGGCUCGGUGGAAGGAUCGUAGUGGCAAAGAGAUGAUCCCCGGCAACACUAACACGUACACCGUGGUGGAACAGCGCCUCGACCCGCCGGUGCUGGCCACGAAAGUGCGAGUCGUUCCCUACAGCGAACAUGUGCGGACAGUCUGCAUGAGAGUGGAGCUCGUGGGAAGUCGCUGGCAGGAGGGUUUGUUGAGCUACUCCAUGCCCCAAGGCAUUCAGAGGGGUGCGGAAGUCGAUCUGUCGGACAGGACAUACGACGGACGCGAGGAGUCCGGCUACUUGAGCGGAGGUCUCGGACAGCUGGUCGACGGACAGAAGGGACAGGACAUCUUCCGGCUUGAUCUCAAGGGUCACGGCAAAGGUUACGAGUGGGUGGGCUGGAGGAAUGACACGGUUGGUAUGGCGGGGCACCCAGUGGAAAUUGUCUUCGAGUUCGACCGUGUCCGGAAUUUCUCCGCAAUGUAUCUCCACACUAACAACUUGUUUAGCAAGGACGUUCAGGUGUUCUCACAUGCCAAGGCGCACUUCAGCAUUGGCGGCCAUCAGUUCUUCGGGGAGCCGGUUCUCUUCUCCUACAUGCCUGACGUCAUCAUGGAGCACGCUCGAAAUGUGACUAUCAAGCUGCAUAACCGUGUGGGCCGGUACUUGAGACUGCAGCUGUACUUCGCAGCCAAAUGGAUAAUGAUCAGCGAAGUCUCCUUUGAUAGUGUGGUGGUGUUGGGGAACUUCACAGAGGAGGAGGUAGAGGGUGGGAUCCUGAAGACAGACGACCACGGCAAGGAAUAUCCACUGCAGAGGGACGAAGUGCAGACGACUCCGAGUCGCGAUGACCGAGCUAACACCGCGGGAGCAGCGUCUGGCGGCCCGUCUGGAGGGGCCGACAGUUCUGGGUCCAAGCAGUACAUCGGCCUCGUGAUCGGCGUCCUCACUGCCGUUAUCUUAUUGCUCAUGGGAGCUAUCAUGUUUAUCGUAGUCCGGAACAGGCGGCUGAAAUCGGGUCCAGGGCACAGUGUUCUGCCCGGAGCGUUCGGCGGGGCCGAAAAGGGGGUCACCAUAAACAUGAAGGAACUGCAGAUGCGAGUGAACGUGAAUGCUAAUGGCCACGUGUACGGUCAGGUAUCGGUGGAGGACCCCGCUGAUGUGGAGAAGAGCGCCCUCUAUCACGAGCCCUACAACCUCAACAUGUACAGCGCCCAGGGCGGCAAGGUCCAGCAAAGCAAGGAACUGCAGCAGCGCCAUCACAGCAGCCCCGACUACACCGAUGUUCCCGAUAUCGUGUCUCAAGAAUAUGCGGUGCCCCACCUCAGCAACGACGGAACGCCACCACCUCCAGCGACACCAGCUAGAGCACUACCCCCACUGCACGAUUUCUUCCCCAAACCACCACCAGUUCCGCCUCCUCCAGAGAAAUAUUACGCCGCUACAGAAAUAUGUAAGGCUGCACCACAACCACCACCACCUCCACCCUUAUCUCCUCCCCCCUUGAUGGUCCCACAGUUGACAAACGCUCGAGGGACAAGUGGGUCCUCCAUAUAUGGUGCCCCCGGCAGUCCUGAAGUCCUGACGACAGCGACUGAUGAAGAGGAGGAAGAUGAAACUAUGCCAUUGUGCCAGUUCCCUAGGGAACAACUGCGGGUGUUGGACAAACUGGGACAUGGACAAUUUGGAGAGGUCCACCUCUGUGAGGUGCAGGGUUUCCCAGAUUGUGUAGAUGUACUCAGACACAGUGAAUGUAAACUUGUGGUGGUGAAGACAUUGAAACCUGGUGCAUCUGAAUCUGCAAGGUCAGACUUCCAGCAAGAAGCCCAUGUGCUGGCAAGGUUACGAGAUCCAAAUAUUGUGAGGGUGCUUGGAGCAUGCCUGGAUGAUGAACCUUUGUGUGUGGUGGUAGAGUAUACGGAAUAUGGGGACCUGAAUCAGUUCCUACAGGAACAUAUAGCAGAAACAGCCUCACCACUGCCUCGCAAUGCCAAGACACUCAGUUAUGGCUGCCUUAUUUUCAUGGCGACUCAAAUUUCUUCAGGAAUGAAGUACUUGGAGUCAUUAAAUUUUGUUCACAGAGAUCUGGCAACAAGAAACUGUCUGGUGGGCAGAGGGUACAGCAUGAAAGUAUCUGACUUUGGUACAAGCCGCAGUCUGUACUCUGCUGACUAUUACAGUAUGGAAGGUGGAGCUGUUCUUCCAAUACGAUGGAUGGCCUGGGAAAGUGUUCUGUUGGGUAAAUUUACAACGAAGAGUGAUGUCUGGUCAUUUGCUGUAACACUAUGGGAGAUCCUCACAUUUGCACGUGAACAGCCAUUUGAAGAUCUUAGUGAUGAGAAAGUCAUUGAGAAUGUAACACACUUCUACCAAGAUGAUGGUCAUCAGCUGUAUCUGCCAGUACCAAUAAACUGCCCAAAGGAAAUCUAUGAUUUGAUGUGUGAGUGCUGGCAGAGAAAUGAAUCAGAUAGGCCCAACUUCAGAGAGAUCCACCUUUUCCUACAGAGGAAGAAUCUUGGCUACAAACCAGACAUGGACUGAUGAGGCAUUCUUAUAACAGUGUAAGCGUGAAUCUUGCAUCAGUAUGGACGAAAUAGGAUUUCGACAUCAUGAAAUAUGAGUGACUGUCAGAACUGCUGUGAUUAGGAUUUGUCAAAUGGAAACUAAAAUUUGCCUGUCAAGACUAUGAUAUUUUUAAGAGCAAUAAGUGUGGAAUCUUAUAAACUUAACUUUUUUACAUGCUACACUUAAAUCCAUUGUGUAGGUUUUUCAUUGCAACUGUAAAAACAUGCCCUACUCUUUACCACAUGUUAAUAAUGGCACAGCUUCACAUAAAAACACUAUUUUAAUGUUUUUAACAGUGGAAAAUUGAAAUAUUGUAUAUCCAUUUUCCAGUUUUACCAACUUGGUUUAGAGGGAAAUAGGGUGCCUAUUUGAUGAUAAUACGUUAUACAGUCAAGUCUGUGGUUAAAAUGACAGUCUCGUGUUGAUACUCGUACAUCAGGAAUGGAAACAGCUACGAUUCAGAUCACAAUCGUCGUCAUCAUCAUUAUAGUGAGUGUAGUGUUGACUGCAUCUGCAGGCCCAGUUUUGUUAUUUCCUUAUAUCUUUUCCAGUGGCAUGAUGAUAUAUUCAAUUACCUGGGGCAGGGUAUUUCAUAUUUGCAGAUAAUUUUUAACAUAUAACUGUUAAAUUAUGUUAUUAUAGAUUAAAUUUUAAUUUCAAUAUUUAACACAUUAUAAUUGACAAAAUAUAUAAUCCUUAUAACAAAAUUUCAGUGGCAUAAAAGUGAUAAUUGUAACAGUAACAUCUGAUGAUUCUUGUUUUAUCCAUUCUUAAUAUACAAAAUUCACCAAUGAACAUUCAUGAAGCACAGAAAUUAUGAUUAUCCAGGAUGUAAUAUGUGGUAGAUGGCUACCAGUGUUCAGAGGGAUCUGCCAUGAAGAUGGGAGGCAGCAGGUUCCUCUGAAAAUCUGGUAUCAGCUUACCGAAUAACACAUAAUCACAUCUGAGAAGACCAGAAUUCUGAUACUGACCCCUGCCAGACCUCAAAUCGCACAUACUGAUCCCAGAUAGAGAUUUCUGUAAUAACUACUUUUGGAUGAUAGUGUCAAGUUGCUUUUGAUGCUGUUUGGUGUCAGACUUGUAAUAGCUAAGAAACUAUUUUAUGAUUUGAUAUAAAUUUAAAGGCUUUGAAAUUCCCUCUUUUACAAUAUGAAACUCAGACUGGGUUUAUUAUAGGCAUGGCUUAAAUGUUAUCCUGAUAGAGAUUACUGUGUUAUAUUAUGUGAUAUUGUGUAGUCCCACUGAUCAUUGCAAUUAUAUGUUAAUGAUAUACCAGAUUACACAGUGUCACAUCUCAGGAAACAGCAAUCUUUAUAGUCACCAUCAUCAGAACCUCAAAUCACACAUAAUUCUUCUGAUUUCUGGCUCUAUCUUAUAGUUCAACAUCACUGGAAAAUAUCACCAGACUUUGAGCCAUGGGAAGUAAUAUAACAGAUACAAUGUCAGAAAUUUCCUAACACUCUUACUAACUUAAAUAAAGCUCGACUCAUUACUGCAUUUGCCUUAA